UGAAACGUCAUCAGUCGCGGCCCAAGUACUGUUCCAAUUCAAAGUUCGCAUCAAGCCCAAGUUCACAUAAAAUCCCCGGAUGUGUUCUUGAUCCGCCCAUUUUAUCGAGGAUGCAUCAGAGGAGACUUGUGUGGACUUAUGAGAGCGAAGUUUCCCAGAAUGCAUUUCGCGUCAGGAGUUCGUUCUUCCGAGUCUGAACUUGCAAGUUCGAACUACGAAGGACACAAGUCCGAGUUCGGCGUACUUGGUUUUGAGAAACGGCUACUGUUUCAGCAGCUUUAUUCCUAUAAACAACAAGCAGUUCAUUCAUUCAUGCAUAGAGACUUUUCAUUGUGAAAGAAUAAACCAAACCAAAGCAAGAAGAGGCGUUACCAUGACUAAACACACUUCUAAAUUACCAGAGGAGAAGAAAAAGCAGCUCUGUGCGUUGUUGGGUGAUGUGGAUCUGACUCUUCUCUACAAAGCAUCUGUUCAUGGAUAUAAUGGUGCUGCUUUCCACAAGCUCUGUGAUCAUCAGGGUCCAACUUUACUCGUGGCCUACAACAACUCAGGCUACAUCUUUGGUGGAUAUACGAGUAAAGAUUAUACUCAGAGCGGGCAGUAUGUUACUGAUAAGGAGGCUUUCCUGUUCUACUAUCAAGGCCAAAUCCCUGUGUGCAUCAAAAUUAACAGUGGACAAUAUGCACGUAUCGAUGACUCCGUAUGGCCCACCUUUGGCCAACAGUUGCACUUUUGCUAUAACAACCAACCAACCCUGUAUAACCAAGGGGGAAAUGCAUUCACCAUUAAUACUGCCUUAAUGUAUGGGAACAACACUAACCUGACUGAAUGCGAGGUGUUUAAAAUUGAGAAGAUGUCUCAGGCCAGUGUUGAGGAGAAACCAUGGAGGAACAUUGCGUGGAAGGAUGAAAGAAGAGAAGAGCUUGUGAAAUCAAUAAAGAACUAUAAACCCAUGGCGUCCUCUGUGAACCGGGCCCGAAUCCUAAUGAUCGGUCCUGUAGGUGCUGGAAAGUCCAGUUUCUUCAACUCCAUCAACUCCAUCUUCAUGGGUCGCAUGACCAACAAAGCCAUGGCAGGAACUUCAGGCACCAGUCUCACCACACAGUUUCGCACAUAUCCAGUGAAAGAUGGCCGUGAGGGAAAGCCAUUGCCAUUUGUGUUGUGUGACACUAUGGGACUGGAGGAGCAGACAGGUGCAGGUCUGGAUAUUGAGGACAUCAGCAGCAUCAUUCAGGGUCUCAUACCAGACCGAUAUCAAUUCAACCCCAUGGUACCAUUUCAUCCUGAUGAGCAAAAGUCCUCCAGACCUUCAUCUCUACAGCAGAAGAUCCACUGUGUGGUUUACAUGAUAGACUCCACCAAAAUCUCCCUCAUGUCCAGCAAACUGGAGGAAAAACUUGCAGCCAUACGCAAAAAAGUGAACUCGCUGAGUGUUCCUCAGAUCGUCUUGAUGACUAAAGUCGAUGAGGCGUGUCCUCUGGUGGAGGAGGAUCUUCAAAAUGUUUAUGUCAGUUCUUACAUUAAGUCAAAGGUACAGGAGGUCAGCUCUCGACUGGGUGUUCCUGUGUCUUGUGUGUUACCUGUGAAGAACUACAGUCAGGAGCUUGAACUGAACCUCAGCUGUGAUCUCCUGCUUCUCACCGCUGUACAGCAGAUGCUCAACUUUGCUGAAGAUUAUUUGGAUGAUGCUGCUGAUGCCAAUGUUGCUUAAAGUUAUUCACUUAUGUACAUUUUUUGUUGUUAACUUGUACACUGGAUUUCCAGGACUUCGUCCAGCAGUAAUGUAAUCAUUAUUAUUUUUGUAAUACUACUACUGUCCAGGUAGAUCAUCACACUGCCUUUCAGACACAAUGCCCACGAAUGAUGAUGCUGAUAUAUUGAAUAAAGUUGAAGUGUCCAGCUAAAACCUGUGAACUUGACAUUGCAUCAAGAGAAAGCUGAUAGUUCAUUAAAUUACAUUUCAAUGCCUUGAUUACAGUUGCAUAAGACAAAAAGAUGCAGUAUUGAUCAAAUUGUAAUUUAAAGAGGCAUAAUUAAAAAUGUAUAUAAAUCAAGCCCUUUAAAUUGUGAAUUAACAAUUAACAUAAUUUCUCCAUACAACAUAUUGGCUAUUUCCAGAAUUU